ACAUUUCUAGAACACACACACAAAAAAUAAUAAUUAAAAAUUAUUAAAAAAAAUACUUCCAGAAGUUUCCAGUGAAGUGAUUACUAGUGAUUACUAUUGUUAAAAAUAACAAAAAAAAAACAACCUUAAAACAAAAAAAACACAACAAAAACAAAACAAAACAAACAAAAGAACAAUGUCUUACAUUUUCCCUGAACAAGAUAAUGUAGUGACAAGAGUGAUGGAUACCCUUAAAAGUAUGUCGCCUUACAAGGAAAAGGUAUCUGUUUAUCUUUUACAGGAACCUACACAAAAUGUAUCGUUGUCCCCUUUUAAGGGGGAGAAAAACAAUGGCUUUUUUGUGCUUUAUCAUAACAUGAAACAUGGCCAAACUGCUAGCAAAGAGUUUAUUGAGUUUUUGAGAGAGAGCUGCUCUGUAGAAGAAAAUUAUAGCAAAUUACUCACCAAACUAGCAAAAAAUGUUAGCAAUUGUAUACAAGAGGGAACAUUUUCUCCUUUUUGGAACUUACUUAAAUCUUUGGUUGAAAAACUGGCCACGUUACAUAUGCAACUUGUAUAUACAUGGUCAGAGCUCAUCAAAGAUGUUGCUCGUUACAAUGAAGAACAACAUCGGCGGCACAAGAAUAUGAAAGAAACCGAAUCAGCAACACUGGAGGUUGUACAAUCUAUACAGCAAACCACAACAGCACUUCAUAAAGCCAAAGAAAUUUAUCAUACGCGAGUGUCUGAGUUAGAACGAUUAAAGAAAGAAGGAGCAUCACAAAAGGAUACUGAAAAGGCUGAAAGCAAGUUCCGGAAAGCAAAUGAUGAAUACCAAAAUCUUGUUGACAAAUAUGCAACAGUACGAGAUGAAUUUGAGAAGAAAAUGUCUCAAUCUUGUGAUCAAUUUCAAAAGUUGGAAGAAGAGCAUGCACGUCAGAUGAAAGAUUUCAUAGAUACAUACUCUAAAGCAUGGGUUAAUGAACACAUCUUACUUGGACAGGUACAUAAUGAAUUUAGAAAUAACUGUGAUGAGAUGACUGUACAAAAAUUGAUUCAUACCUUUGUGCAGGCUAAAGCUUCAGGCAAAAUACGUCCGGGUCCAAAAGAAUUUGUUGAGCCAGACCUUUCGUGUUUACCUGUUACAAGACCCAUGUCUCCUGAGAUAGUCGAUAAAAAAGAUGGUUCAUUAGAAAAGAAAAAGGAAGACUCCAGUGGGAGUCCCAGUCCUGUGUUAGCUGAAGCCCAGCCAGGACCGUUGAGCCGCAGUGUCAAGCUGAGAGUGUCUCGAACAUACAGUGACUCAUCUAGCCCAAGUUCACCCAAAAGUGUUCUUGACAUUUUUACAUUCUCUGGGUUCCUAAAAUCUAAGAGAGACAAAAAGAAGGAUUUGAAGAAAAAGAAAAAACGUGAUAAAGAAGAAAGUCAAGAAACUACAAGUAGCAAUGGUGUAAUACCUGAUGUUGAUGAAGAAGGUUACAGUAAACAGCCCGAUACUCUUUUAGACUUGAACGGAGACAAAACAAGCUGGUGCUCUAGUGAAAGUGAUAGUGAUUCAGAAGGUGACUCUGAUCUUAAAAAAAAAAUAAAAGUUGAAAUCCGCCCACUCAGCCCAAAUGGUUCCACGCCAACUGGAACGGUAGAAGACAUCCGUGCCUCCAUUGAAGGAUUGAGGCUGUCACCAACAGUGCCACAUAAGCGUCGCUGUCAAACACCAGUAGACAAGAAAAUGAAACGAUCCCAGUCUGAAUCUGAUACACUAGACCCUGGGAAACCCAGUCAUGAUCUUUUGAAACUGGAUUUAUUUAACACAAGUGCUGCUUCUACGCCAACUGGUGGAAACAAUUACAAUAUGCAAUCACCAUUUGCCCCAUCUUCACAGACAGAUGUAACACUCCAAACAUCAGACAGUGGUUCAACAACAACUCUUUCAAGUUCUAAUGCCAGUGAUGCAGCCAUUACUAGCCAACCUAAUCAAGAUCUAUGUGCAUUACCCUUACCCCCUAAUACCAAAGUAGUUGGCACUUCUAGUCAAACCACAUCUCCAGUUAGUCUGGGGACUACUGCUGCCCCACAUACUACCUUUCCUCAUCCUCCUAGACCUCCUUCACGCACUAAAACUCCUUUACCACAGAUUCCUUUACGUCCUGGACGGACAAGCCCUGCAACUCUGAUCUCACCUCCUGAUAGCACAGGUUCCAUGUUCACAACUACAGCGUCACUCGGAUCAUCUCGUGGUUCCAGUCCUCUAACACUUGGUAUGGCAGAUACUGUUCCCAUGGCAGUGGCCUUUACAGAAAAUAUAAAUGCCUUUUUCAAAGGAACAGAUGCUACCAAGUGUACGGUGACUUUGUCUGGAAAUUUGAUGAUGUCGUUUCCUGCAGGUAUCAUUAAAGUGUUGAUAGAAAACCCAUCUCCCUCCAUGUUAAGUUUUCGUUUGAAUGGUACAACACGUCUAGAUAGCAUCAGAAUCAAUUCCCAACUCAUAUCUCAGGACACCCAACAGAGCACAACCAAUAGUUCGAUAUAUAUAUUUGAUAUGACUGCUCUAACAGAACACCUUCGUGCUCAAGGAGAGAUCAAUAAGUCAGCAUCGUAUUUCAAUGUUGAUAUACUGAAAUAUCAGGUAAAACCAAUGCCUGGUGUAGACAACACACCUCUGCCUUUGGUAGUCUACUGGAAGUGCACUUCAACAGUUACCAACUUCCGACUGGAUUAUAAGUAUAACCCUUGUUCAAUGUCAAAGCCUGUCGCUCUAAAGAACAUCCAAGUAACAGUUCCAGUCAAUGGAGAUGUGGCCAACAUGCAAAGUAUCCCUAGUGGAAACUGGAAUGCCGAGGAAAAGCGGGCUACAUGGAAGUUGGAUGAUAUUUCCGAAAUGAGUGAAAAUGGCACCCAAGGGAACAUCCGUGCAAAAUUCGAAACCAGUAACGGACCUAGCACCCCUUCACCUACUGCCUUGCAUUUCAUUGCUGAAGGGGCCACACUAUCUGGUCUUGAAUUUGAACUUGUUGGUUUAGGUUAUCGGCUGUCAUUGGUGAAAAAACGGUUUGGAGCAGGUAAAUAUUCAGUGGAGCCUGACCCCGACGCAAAGUACACCUAACGUAUUUCUUUCAACCCCGUUUUUGACUAACAUCGCCGUGGCUAGUUGGUUCCGUUAUAUCAACCUUGGCUACUCCUUUACCUUGCUGGCCCAGUUUUCCCUCCUUUUUUUUGUCUUCUCUGUGUUACCUAGCAGGAACGUGGGGGCUGUGCCAGGCAUGACCUUCACUCCCUCCCAGAGAAACUGGAAUAGCCAAUGACAUCAACAGAAAGCUUACUUCUAUCUCCACCAACACUACUACCAUCACAACCACCACCACCACCACUACCAUCAAUGUCAUCACCACUACUACCAUGAAUACUAUGACCACCACCACCACUACCACCAUCACUACGACCACCAUGAUAAUUGCAAUUAUUAUUACUUCUUUUUGAUUUUGAUAACUCAGAACAAAAGUUAAAUAUUUACAAUAACGAUUAACAAACUGUUAAGGACUUUGUUAGAGAGAGAUAUGUAUCUAGUCCUUUACCUGAGCUCCUAUUUAUUCGGCAUCUUUGCAGCUGUUUUUGGGGACAGCUGCAGUUACAGCUCUUUAAAACGACUGUUUUUCUUGGAAGCUGUAUUUUAUAAAUUGACUUAACUGGAGGAUGUAGCCAUAAUCUUCCUCGUCAAUAUUGAAUCCGUGUUAUUUUCAAAGGAAAAAAAAAAACAACGCAAAACGAUACAAAAUGAAACAGACAAAAAAAAAGAGAAAGAAAGGAAGAGAAGAAAGCACAAAAAUUAAGCUUGAAAAAUACAACAACAGCAAACAGGAAGAAGACAUCUACAAAAAACAUUCUACUUUCCUCCAUCCCCCACCAUCAGCUGGUAAUUAAAAGUUCUAAUGACUGCAAUAAAUAAACAAUUAUUUAUACAUUUCUGGGGGAAGACAGUUUGUUUGACAAGCUGUGUGACUCUGAUGUGUGAGGUGGACGAUAUGGAGUUCAGCACGUGUGCCCUUCCAGAGUUAUGUCAAAUACAGUACAGGGGUUGAGGGCAUUGACUAAAUCCCCUCUCCUCACCUCAGAACUACUGGCCUUGAGCUUAAAUUAGAAACAUUAUUAUUAUUAUUUUGGACAGAGUUGAUGAAAUAAAGUUCCAGUGAAGUACAAGGGUUGAUAGCAUCAACUAACUCUUCUCCUUAAAAUUGCUGGCUUUGUGCCAAAAUUUGAAAACAUUAUUAUUAUGCUAAUACUUGCUAAUUUAAUUAGCAGGAAUUUUAUCUUAUUAUUAUUAUUAUUAUUAUUAUUAUUAAGGUGAUGAGCUGGCAGAACCAUUAACACACUGGAAAAAUGCUUAUCGGCGUUUUGUCCAUCUUAACAGUCUGAGUUCAAAUUCCACUGAGGUUAACUUUGCCUUUCAUCCUUUAAGGGUUGAUAAAAUAAGUACCAGUUGACCAUUGAGGUCAGUGUUAUCAACUUAACCCCUCCCUUGAAAUUUCUGGCCUUGUGCCAAAAUUGUAAAUCCUUAUUAUUAUUAUUAUAGGCUAGUAACAGUGAUGAUAUUGCAACAGACAGAUGCUAUAGAAUAGUUUUAUCCCUUUGCUGUUUGAUUUCAAGUCCCUCUGGUAGGAGUAAGGGAUGUCAACUUUCCCUUUCGUCUCUCUGAAGCCAAUAAAAUUAAAUAAAAUAGAACCAUUUGUGGGUAGACUCAAUCAACUUAUAUUCCUUCUCUUUUGAAAUUUUCAGGCUUUGGGUCAAUGCAAGACACAGUUAUCAUUAUUAUAUAAUAUUGAAGAGGACCAUUAAAAGAGGGGUGGGAGUUUAAAAAAGGAUGAUGUUAUUGUAUUACAAACAUUUGAAAAUAUUAGCAAAAGAGAGAGGAAGAGUUUUAUUCAUUAGUGAUAGUGGAUUUGUAUGUGUGUGUUUGUGUGAGGCGGGGGGAGGGGAGGGUUAUGAAUACCAUUCUUGUUAUGCUAAUGUGAUAAAGGUUUAAUUCUGGAUCAGUCAUAAAUCUCAGCUGAUUACCAGACAUACUGAAAGGAAACCUCAAAUUAUUAAAGUGUUCAAUAUGUGGAACUCUGACAUAACAUUACAAAUUUAUCAAACAAUCAUCGAUUUUUUUUCUUUUUUUUUCCCCCGCUCCACUCUCCCCCCAUUUCAAGUUUUAUGUCACAAAUACAAUUGUUUUUUUUUAUUUUCAUUUUUUUUUUCCAAAUUUUCAAAGGAGUGUAUUUUUUGAUAAAAAAAAUAAAUUUCUGGCAUCAUUUA